AUUUUUAGAAACAACAAAAAAAAAAAGAUUCCAUAUUUCGAGGGAAAGCUCUCUCUCUGUUCCUAUCCCGGCGCAGUCACUCUCCGGCGAUAAUCUUUUUUGAGGAAAAGGAAGCGAAUUUGUGAGUAUUGAUGGCGGCGAGCGCGAAUCCCUCGGGAAACAAUCAGGAAGGCUCGUCGGCGGCGGCGCAGAAGGUAUCGUCUUCAUCCGCGGCGGCGGCGGCGACGAACGGAGCUGCUGUGAAUUCGGUGGAUAAUGGUGGGACGGUGGAUAAUUCGCAGACGAUAAGCGCGUUGAGGCAUAAUCCAGGGAUCUCUGUAGAUUGGACUCACGAGGAGCAAUCGUUAUUGGAAGAUUUGCUCGCAAAGUACGCGUCAGAGCCUACGAUUGUUAGGUAUGCGAAGAUUGCUAUGAAGAUGAAGGAUAAGACUGUUAGAGAUGUUGCUCUCCGUUGUAGAUGGAUGACUAAGAAGGAGAACGGUAAGCGUAGGAAAGAAGACCAUUCCUCAAGGAAGAGCAAAGAUAAGAAAGAAAAAACUACGGAUACUUCAGCCAAGGCCUCGUCUCAUUUAAAUGUGCAUCCGAAUGGUCCUUCAUAUGCUCCUCCUAUGAUGCCCUUAGAUACUGAUGAUGGCAUUUCAUAUAAAGCUAUUGGUGGUGUGAGUGGAGAUCUGCUCGAACAAAAUGCUCAGAUGUUCAACCAAGUUUCUUCAAAUUUCUCAGCUUUUCAGAUACAUGAUAACGUCAAUAUCUUGUGCAAGGCUCGAGACAAUAUCCUCGCAAUAUUGAACGACUUGAAUGACAUGCCAGAGGUCAUGAAGCAGAUGCCAGCUCUUCCUGUGAAGCUGAACGAAGAGCUGGCGAAUUCAAUCCUCCCCCGCCCUCCACCUCCCCAUCAAAGGAAGCCGUGAUGGAUCUUGUAGAGACCAAAAACUCUCUAAUAGUCCGGGAUCAUCAAUGAGGAAAAGAAUAAAUGACGGGAUGUAAAGAGUUCCCACUCGUAAUGGAUGAUAUAGGAUGCAGGUUUUCAUAGAGUUACUAGUCUCUAUUUUUCAGUUUCAGUCAGUCUUUGGAUGUUUUAGCAAAAUGGUUCGUUGAUACAUGAGUAGUAGAGUUGUAUUUGUCGUUUUAGGAUGUGAAUAGAUUGUAUAAAAUUGGUUUCAAGCUUCAAGGUUUGAGAUUUGCAAUUGUCAUAUACAAAUCCCUCUUUAGAAGGAAACGAAUGUACUCAAUUAUUUCUUUGUAAUAAAUAAGAAAGCCGGAUGGUUUUGUAACACAAA